UGCCAGUGAUUCGACGCGAGUUCGACUACGCGCACUGCCCGAGAGUUUUUCUCUCCUCGCCGACGACGAGGGGACCACGUCGUGUGGUGCUUCUUCUCUUCUACCCUCCGCGAACAAGAGUGGACCCGCGUCGCGACGCCCUGAGUACGCAGAAACCGACCGCUGAGCUUCUCUCGUUUUCCUGCUUACUGCCGCGCUACUACUCCCUGCUUCUACUACCAGUGCCGCUACUAUUCCUGCUCCACUUUUUUUCUACCACUGUUUUCAUUCCAAUCCUGUCUGGUAUUUGGCUGUUACUAUCACUGUUACGCUCGCACUUAUUCCCUCGUUACUGUAUUACCAUAAUCGCGUUACUUCACAAUUGUAACACUUCUCUUGCGUACCUCCUUCUUUUUAUAUAAUUCUAUGAGCCGCGGUGUUUACAUCGAAAACAGUAAAAUCGUGAAUAAUACGGGGAUCUCUUUAUGACUCGAACGCGAUCGAGGCUCUUAAAUUGGAAUGAAUUCCGUUCUAUCACGGCCGAGUGUGUCGUAAAAAAGAGUCCGGAGAAAAGGGAAACUUGUGAAAUAGCUAGCUCGUGGGCGAUGAGAUUACCGAUUGUAACUUUCUGUGACUUCGUAGGGCCUACGCCAGUUACUCGUUUUGAAGAGCAUAGCAAAUAAUUACAUUUGAGAAUGUUUUGCACAUUUCGAUUGAUCGAUCGUAAAAUAAAUCGUUUAUGAUAUCAGUUAAAAGAAUUUAUUUCAGAUAGAUAUUUCUUUUAUCGCUUGAACGUUCAAAUAUGCAUUCAGCUUUAAAUAUUUUCAACGCGGAAGGCAUUCUCAUGCAUAUUUUAAAUGCUAUUUCUUUGAUUGAAUUUCUUAGACAUUGGUAAAAAGAGUUUCGAUCGAAAUCUCACGCGUUGGCGUAUCGUAUCGAAAUCGUUGCGUAAUUUAUUUGUAAAGGUAUAUCGUAUCAGGUUGGACUGUGAACGCGAUCAAAUUCGAGAAGAAGAAGAGUCGCGAGUAAACACCGUGCUCGGUUUUCUCAUGACGAAAAAAGUUAGCGGUCGGUCGAGCGUGGGUUCGAAGCCGAUGCGUGGCCGCGAUAUGGCUUACUACGAAAUUCGCGAUAUGAUCAGCCAGCUGAAAUUGACGAUCCACCUAUUCGUCGCUGUGCACACUUUGGUGAUUUAAACGUGUUCACGCUGGGAUACAGUUUGCGGUUCUAUCGAGUACAGUGAAAGAAGCCUUUAUGGGAAAUACAGUCGAGCGAGCGUGGCUCGAAGUGAGAAUUCGUGAUUAAAGUUUCUCAGCAGGAGAUAAUAAAUACAUGGAGAGCCGUGGAGAGGGUGAAAUCAGUGUCGUAAUCGGACGAGGGCGGAGAAAGUAUCGGCGAGCAUCUUUUCAGGCGGUUUCGGAGAACCAUAUUAUCGGCGGUCUCGUCGUGGAAGCGACGAAACUUCUUCGGAACUCGUUCGAAUAACUCGCAGCAAGCGUUGCGCGUAGUUCCUGUUUGAUCCGCGAUAUUAAUCGCGCGGUUACCGCUAUCGAAGCAUAGUUUCCUCGAGGCAGAACGCGCGAGAUGGUUCCGCGUGCGAUUCGGAAUUAAAUCUCCUCGGUUACUUUCCGUGCGCCGCGCCGAAUCGUUCGGUUUUUGCCGGCCAAGAGGGGAAAACGGGAGGAAGCAGGAACGCCGGUGGAGAACGAAAAAGGAAAGCCACGGUGAUUCGCGACUGGAAGACCUCGGAGUUGCACCUUAACAUCGCAGAAACGCGCAAGCGUGCACGUUCGCCGUUCGAAGAGGAACGACGAUGCGGACGAAGGAGAGGGACGAACGGAGAACCAGAACCUCUUUACCUUCGUUUCUUUCCCUCUAGCGCCGGCUCAAAGGACCGGAACGAGCCCUAGGAAUCAAAUAUUCCAUUCCGAGAUAACCGAAUCGAAUGCAGAAAAGCUGAAACGAUCCAAUGUAAACUGAGAGAGAAUUUCAUUUGUUCUACAUAUGCUCUACGAUCUCUCGUCUGAAAUCAAACCGAGCGCAGAAAGCUGGAUUGAAAUGGUAUAAAAUGUAAACGCAGAGACGAUUUCAUUUUCCAUUUCGUGAGAUAGACGUAAAAUAUUUCCGAGUACACAUGAGAUGGUACUCGAAGAAGAAGUCUCGGAGACGGGGUAGAAAAUGAAACGGAGGAUCGUUUGAGUUUCGAAGAGUCCGGACUCAUGAGGCCGCUGUCCUUCGAGAACCUGAGGAGGCUCGUGGGCCGCAAGAAGGACCGUAACGAGCCGUCCUUCAAGCGCAGCGAGUCCUUCAAAAGGAUAUCGAUUAGAAAAAGUUACCUGGAUCGGGGUAAGCGACGUAACAAGCUUCAGAAGAACUUGGAACCCACCGCGGUCCAGCCUGAGUCAAAUCUGAACGAGAAACAGAAGGAGCAGAAUAUAAUAAAGGAUCAGAAACCGAAGAAGCUUCAGGAUGACACCCUCAGUCGCGAGUCGAUCAGCUACGAUGAAUGGCUGCAGGGUGUCAGUUCGUCCUCCCGCGAGAAGCUGGACGAGGUACAUCGCGAACAACAGCAUAACAAGCAAAAUAAACAGCAGAAAGAACAUUUGCAAAUUUCAGUCGUUGGGAAGAACAACGUUUGCAAAUAUCAAAAGCAGAACGAGGCCGAUCACGUGGCCGAGGAUUUGAAGAUCCUCGAGCUUGAUAGCUCUCCAGUGUUACCUUCGAAACCGUUCAGAGCCUCGACCGAGACGAUUCAGGAGAAGAAUCAACAGGACGUUCUGCACGAACCGUCCAUCGAUGGACCUCCCAGCGUCAGCAUCAGUCUUGGUAGGAUAUGGAGGGACGCGGUACCGAUGCCAUUCCCCUCGGGAUCCUCGAUUCACCAUUCGUUGGACAGCGCCCUGAAGGAGAGGAAACCUCAGCCUACGGUCGCCAGGACCGUCUCCGCACCCGAGAAGACCACCGCUGGAAAGGAGACAUCGUCUGCUUUCGGCUUCUCACUAAGGAUCGCCAAACUCGCCGAUUUUCGCUCAGGGGGUACGAGGAACGGUUUCUUCAAUCGUCGAACGAAACCGUCGCCGAGCGUGAGCGCCGAGGGGUACUUCAAGCGCACGACCGCCUCGAGGCGAUCGAGCACCCGGCGCCGUGGAAAACGGACGUCCCAGAGGGCGAAGAAGCAACAACCAGUUCGUUCGAAUAGUCCCGUGUGGUUCGUACCGCCGGAACGACGCCGCUCGAGACGGCAGAGACGCGUCUGGCGGGAGAUUAGGUAUUUCCCCGAGACGGAGAACAACCCGGUCAUCGAGAGGAUCGACGAGUGGUCGUCGAAUCUGUCCGACGACCAGUUCGACGAUUUAAAAUUGUUGCUCUCCGGUGACUUCAACGACGGACGAGAGGCGUUGAACUCGUCCUCGUUGGGUUCUUUCUCUGCGACGUCGUCCUCGUCGUCGGCUUGUCGCCCACCGAAGAUCAGCGAUUUCAACGAGGAUAAAUUGUUCUCCGAGGAGUUAAGAACGAAGGGCGUCCUCGCGCGGAGAACCACAUGGCGACCGGUGACUUCGAACUAUUUCGCGAGCAGCCAAUUCCUCAACUUCUUGUCGAAAGGGAAAGAGAAGGCGAGGACGGACUCGUCUACGUACUACAGGUGCCUCUCGUCUACCGACAGCGAGACGGAAGACGAGCCCAGUCAUCUUGAACGCAGGAAGAGCUCUCACGCGGUGCACAGGCAGCAGCACUUGAAGAGGCAGAGGUCGGGGCUGAGGAGGAGACCUCUCAGGCGAAAAUCGCAGCUAAGAAAGGCUUCCGGCCAGCCAGUCUUUCUCGUGCGAAAGUGCUCAUCCUUGAGGAAAAGACCCAGGGACAUUACGCAGAAGGGUUACGAGAAGAAACGGACACGUCUGCUACAGCAGUAUGCCUCGAAGCAGCUGGGGGCUGGAAAGGAUGGAGGAGGUGUCGGCGUCCUCGGUAUCGGAGGGGUCGAGAGAACGGGUUAUGGAAGCGGUGGUGGUGGCGGUGUUGGUAGUGGCGUCGGCGUCGGCGUCGGGCUGGGCGUCGGUCUCGGCGGCCGACCGCAGCCACGUGCACGACGCACGCAACGCCGUGUCACGCACAACGAGAAGCGCUAUCAUUCAGGAGGCCGGCUAGUACCUGGAGGGAUCGCGAGUCCCCCGGGAUCUGGCGGCUCCACCGGAAACACCGGGAAUUCGAACUCGGCGGCCGCGAGACGCGGCAAUCGCAGACUCACGCGCAAUGAGAGCCGCUAUCAUUCCGAGGUGCGCCAGGAGGCGGUGCAGCAAGCUUUGGCCGCGAUGCAGGGUCGUCCGAAGCCGUCGCUGCCGAUGCCGUCGAAGAGAACCUCCGUGAUGGCCAGGAGUCCUGACCGAGAACGCCGCGAUAGCGGUGAAUCCAGUAGCGACGAGGAUAGCGUGGUUACAGAGGAGAGCCCUGGUGCCGGCGGCCCGACAGGAAUUUUAGGUACAGGGCUGUCGGAUACCAGCAGCACCGGUUCGGCGCGGGAUACGCCUCCGCCUCCGAGACCACCGGCCAGGAGACCUCCUGGUGCGGACAUCACCGACAUCGCGGAAUAUACGCCUCACGCUUACUGCAACAUCCAGCCUCCGGACGUGACGCACACCAGCAACACGCCGGCGGCCCAGCAGUCGACCAGGCGACCGGGCGCCGAUAGGGUGAAUCAUUACCACGUCGUCGAGGAUCAAAACAACACCGGGACCACGGGUCGUUGGAAGGUAUCCGCGAAGAUCCAACAAUUGCUCAACACGUUGAAACGACCGAAGCGGCGACCGUUGCCCGAGUUCUACGAGGACGAUGACAUCGAGUUGGAGAUCGCCGCCAAUCCGAAGGAUCCGAACGCUCCGAAACCCGAAGGAGGAUCCAUGACCUCCGCAGUCGGCGAACAAUUCUCCGUCGCUGCGGGAUUGCCCAGAUCUCUCGAAGCUGCUAUACAGAGGUACGGGUCAGCGUCGUACAAAGCGCCAGUGGCUACCGUGCUCGAUCCAAACGGGAAACUUUGCGUAACGCUUACUUAUGGGAAACUCUUAAGUCGUUCCCAUAAAAUAGCCUACACGCUGUUAAACAAGGCUCUAAGUCGCAGUGGCGACUGCUGUUUGAAACCCGGCGAUCGAAUUGCCUUGGUUUAUCCGAACAACGACCCGAUAAGCUUCAUGUGCGCUUUCUACGGUUGCCUUCAGGCUGGCAUUGUUCCCGUGCCGAUCGAAGUCCCUUUAACGCGUCGCGACGCGGGUUCGCAGCAGAUCGGUUUUCUCUUAGGAAGUUGUGGAAUCCAGGUGGCAUUGACCAGCGAGGCUUGCUUGAAAGGCCUACCAAAAACUGCUGCCGGCGAAGUAGUAGCGUUCAAGGGCUGGCCAAAACUUCAUUGGUUCGUCACGGAGCACUUGGGUAAAACGCCGAAAGACUGGAUGCCGCCGCCUCGGUUGACCGACGACACCCCGGCGUACAUCGAGUACACCACGGACAAGGACGGCUCGGUGAUGGGAGUAACAGUAACGAGAUCAGCGAUGCUGUCUCACUGUCGCGCUCUGACACAAGCCUGCGGCUAUACGGAAGGCGAGAACGCGGUGUGCGUGUUGGACUUCAAACGGGAGGUUGGCCUCUGGCACAGCACCCUCACAAGCAUUCUGAAUGGAAUGCACGUAAUCUUCAUCCCGUACGCGUUGAUGAAGGUGAACCCGGCUAGUUGGAUGCAGAUGAUCACGAAGCAUCGCGCCAGCGUAGCAGUGGUUAAAUCGCGGGAUCUUCACUGGGGUCUUUUAGCUACGAAGGAUCAUAAAGAUAUCUCUCUUUCGUCCCUGAGGCUGUUGUUAGUCGCGGACGGAGCCAAUCCUUGGUCCCUCUCUUCCUGCGACCAGUUCCUCUCGGUGUUCCAGGCAAAGGGUUUGAGACCAGACGCCGUUUGCCCUUGCGCAUCUUCCAGCGAGGCGCUCACGGUGUCGGUCAGAAGACCAGGCCGUGCGGGUGUCAAUGCUACUGGCCGAGGUGUGCUUUCCAUGUCUGGUCUCAGUUACGGCGUAGUCAGAGUGGAUCAAGAAAAUUCUCUUACUUCUUUGACGCUUCAGGAUUGUGGUCAAGUGAUGCCCGGAAGUAUCGUAGUUGUGAUUAAAAUGGAAGGACAGCCGUUUAUCUGUAAGACAGACGAAGUAGGCGAGAUCUGUGUACACAGCGCGGCAACCGGAACCCAGUACUGGGGAUUGCAAGGAUUAACGAAUAACACGUUUAAAGUGUCUCCGCUUCAAGCUGAUGGAACUCCGCUCGGUGAUGUGGAGUACACGCGCUCUGGUUUAUUGGGUUUCCUCGGUCCCGGGGGUCUCGUAUUCGUCUGUGGAUCUCGCGACGGCCUCAUGACCGUCACAGGACGGAAGCACAACGCCGACGAUAUCAUCGCCACUGUCCUGGCCGUCGAGCCUAUGAAGUUCAUUUACCGUGGUAGAAUAGCAGUUUUCAGUGUGCGUGUCCUCAGGGACGAACGAAUAUGCGUCGUCGCGGAACAACGACCGGAUUGCAGUGAAGAAGAGAGUUUCCAAUGGAUGUCGCGAGUACUUCAAGCCGUCGAUUCGAUUCACGCUGUGGGAAUAUACUGUCUCGCGUUGGUCCCGCCGAAUUAUCUACCGAAAACACCCCUGGGCGGUAUUCAUUUGUCGGAAACGAAACGACGUUUCCUAGAGGGUACCCUUCACCCGGCUAACGUACUUCUUUGUCCGCACACUUGCGUUACCAAUCUACCGAAACCACGCGAAGUCCAUUCAGCGGGGGAUUCUGUUGCAGACGUUGGACCGGCCAGCGUGAUGGUGGGCAACAUUGUCCAGGGUAAUAGACUGGCCUCGGCUCAAGGGCGAGACAUGGGCGUCUUGGACGAGGAUAGCGAUAACGCCAAAAAGUAUCAGUUCAUUUCGGAGAUCCUGCGAUGGCGCGCCGUCAGUACCUCCGACCACGUCAUCUUUACGUCUCUAAACGCGAAGGGAGCGGUGGCGACUUCAUUGUCCUGCUCGCAGUUGCAUAAGAAAGCCGAACGAAUCGGGAAUCUAUUGUUGGACCGCGGAAGGAUCAAUACCGGGGACCACGUCGCGUUAAUAUUUCCUCCCGGCACGGAUCUGAUAUGCGCGUUUUACGGCUGCCUUUACGUUGGCGCCGUGCCAGUUACAAUUAGGCCGCCCCACCCACAGAACCUCCAGACUACCUUGCCAACCGUUCGCAUGAUCGUGGAUGUCAGUAAAUCCGUGCUCGUGCUCACCAAUCAAAAUAUCCUCAAGUUGCUGAAGUCGAAGGAAGCAAAUAAUGUUGUCGAGACGAAGGGUUGGCCGACUAUUCUCGAUAUGGACGACAUGCCAAAGAAGAAGCUACCUGUUAUGUACCGAGCGCCCACGGCAGAGAUGCUGGCUUACCUGGAUUUCAGCGUCUCCACCACGGGCAUGCUCGCGGGAAUUAAAAUGUCUCACGCAGCGGUGACAUCCCUCUGUCGUGCCAUGAAACUAGCCUGUGAAUUGUACCCAUCCAGGCACAUCGCUCUGUGCUUGGAUCCCUACUCCGGAUUAGGAUUUGCCCUUUGGUGUUUGAGCAGCAUAUACAGUGGUCAUCAUUCUAUACUCAUACCGCCUUCAGAGGUGGAAGCUAAUCCAGCCUUGUGGCUGUCGGCGGUUAGCCAGUCGAGAGUGAGAGACACGUUCUGCUCUUAUGGAGUAAUGGAACUGUGCACAAAGGGUCUCGGUUCUUCUGUUCACGCUCUGAAAGCGAGAGGCGUUAGUUUGGCCUGCGUCAGAACAUGCGUCGUCGUUGCCGAAGAAAGACCCCGAAUCGCGCUAACGACGAGCUUUAGUAAACUGUUUUCUGCCCUGGGUCUAAGUCCACGCGCUGUCUCGACUUCCUUCGGUUGUCGAGUAAACACCGCUAUUUGCUUACAGGGAGCAUCGAGUCCUGAACCUUCUACUGUGUACGUCGAUCUUCGCGCGUUGCGAAACGAUCGCGUGUCUUUGGUCGAGAGAGGUAGCCCUCACUCAUUGUGCCUGAUGGAGUCAGGCAAGCUACUACCCGGAGUGAAAGUGAUCAUCGCCAACCCAGAGACGAAAGGUCAAUGUGGGGAUUCUCACUUGGGCGAAAUUUGGGUACAGUCCGCUCACAAUGCAAGCGGAUAUUUCACCAUAUACGGUGACGAGAGCGAUUACGCGGACCAUUUCAACGCGCGGCUCGUAACUGGAAAUACGAGUGAAGUAUACGCGAGAACGGGUUAUCUCGGUUUCCUUAGACGCACCGAAAGCGUUCAACAAUCGGUUAUCAGCGACAUUCCCGGUGAUACAUCGGCCGAAGCGGAUCUCGUUCCUGGCGACGCCGAGCUGCACGACGCCGUUUUCGUGGUCGGCGCUCUCGACGAAGCUAUUCUGCUCAGGGGAAUGCGGUAUCACCCGAUCGAUAUUGAAAACAGCGUGAUGAGGUGUCACAAGAAGAUAGCAGAAUGUGCCGUGUUUACAUGGACCAACCUCCUAGUGGUAGUGGUAGAGCUGGACGGAAGUGAAAGCGAAGCUCUAGAUCUCGUGGCGUUGGUCACCAGCGCGGUUCUUGAAGAGCAUCACCUCGUAGUAGGCGUGGUGGUCGUGGUGGAUCCCGGGGUAGUUCCGAUAAACUCGCGCGGCGAGAAGCAACGGAUGCACUUACGUGACGGGUUCCUGGCGGAUCAACUCGACCCUAUUUACGUCGCUUAUAAUAUGUGAGCGGCGUCGGAGUCCGCAGCGAGCGCAGCGUGAAACUGGUACCGUACUGGUUCAGUUGCACUCUGGCUGCAUUCUGAAUUUUUAUCCUCGUCGGAGGAUGACGAUCUCCCCGCGGAGAAGAAGUUGGAAUAUAUUACGAGGAUUCUACGUAUUUUUAAAGCGAACGUCGUCCCUAAACAAUUUAUACUCUUCCUUUGACAAGGGAGCGCGUUGAUGCAUUAAUCACUCGUCAAUGCCGCUCGGUUACCAGUAUUUUACCUCCCACUUUUGGGAGCGAUUCAUCUACGAGCGAUCGUUCAACGAUAAGAAACUAUACCCGUUAAAAAAACCGAUUCAUGACAAUGAAGAAGACAGAAACGAUACGCACAGCGCAUUGCUUAAAGGGUAAACUCAACGUAUAAUAAUACCAACGAAUCAACCCGCAGCGAAGGAGAGACAGGAAGAGAAAGGUAAUUACUCCGUAAUACCUUCGAACUUCAGACUGCCACGACAAGUAUGUACAGUUCAAACACUUGUCAGCUGUUUUUCUCGCGAAAAUCGUGCUUUUAUACAUUGUAUUACCUGAAUGUUAAAGUGACGAAUGUAACGUCAGUCAUUAUUUAUCAACGACAUCAGGACGGUAGUGAGCUUUUUUACAAGUGGGAAUGAAAUGGAAGAAGUUAUUUUGACGGAAACGUACACGACACUAUGGUGAGUUUUAUCGAGAACCACGUAGUAGUUAUUUCACAACUAUCCGAUGUCGCGUCUAUUAAAAAAAAAUCGAAACAAUUUGAUACACUUUAUCGAUAGACUCGUGUAGCUUAAACGAUUUUUUACAUACGUAAAACUAACGAUUAGCUAACAUAAUCAUAUUCUAUCGUAACGUAAAAAGAGUUUUAACUGUCGACAGUUUUUCUAAUGUAUCGUCGCUGAGAGAAUAAUAUUACAGUUCGCUAUCGCUCUGACUACUAUCCGUAUAAUUUAAACGGGAAUUCGUUCGGGACUGUUUCCACGUUGGUUGGUAUCGUACGACAACGAUUUUUCUGCAAAUCGAUUCAGAAACGUGCGACCGAUUGAUUCCAAGUCUGUAAAGAGUUUCGAUCGUAUUCAGCUGCGUCGCGCACAACACCGUAUUUUUUACGCGUUUAGACUGUCCAUAUUUCGCGGCACGCAAUCGACUCGGAACUUGUGUCAAUUUUAUUUCAAGCACGUACGAUUUCUUAUGCGAGCGUCCGAUUAAGUCUUCGCCUUUUUAAUCCGAAGGAAACUAGAUUCCGAGUUAUAAGUCGUUGCGUGCUGAGAGGGUACACUUUGAAAACCAUCCGAUUACUCGGCCAAUUUUUCCAUAGGAAAGACUAAUCGCAAUUAGGGCGUACUCAGGGUUUUAGAUCGUUUACGACAAAGGGUGAUAUAUUUGGAAGCAACUAUUUAGAACGACUCCUUUUGGACAACGUUUAACGAAAAUACAGUAGCACAAAGACCUCGAGCGAAAGUGCAAUCGAAAUAGGUAGCGUCGAUGCGCGUCUACUCUUCGGACUUUUAGUGGACAUGGAAAAGUUACCCUCGAAAAUAUAUACGCUAAACCUUCUUCUUCUGUUACACCACUUUUAUGCACAAACGCGUUCUCAUUGUAACGCUCUCCGUAACCGAAGCUCAAUAUACGUAGAUCGACGACGCUAAUAGACUUUCGGGUUGAAACCAAUUUCUUCUUUUGGUAAUCAGUGACCUCCACAUUUUUAUUUCAUUAACGAUGUAAUCGCAGAUUUUAUACAGAACGAAAAGGGAACCGGACCCGAAAGUCGAGGGACGUCCCUCGUUUUCUUCAAUUCUGAUUAGUUUCCAAACUUUUUCUACCGACAUGUACAUUUGUUGAUAGUUUUAUAAUUUUAUAUAUAUUCUUAUUUUAAUAUAACUGCAUACGAGUACGAAGUAUGCACUGGUCCCAAGGGCAUCGUGCACCGACUGUUGUGAGAAGCACGUUCCGAUUUCUAACGAAGUAAGUUCGUCAAUUCUUUGGGCCGUUCAGAGGCUCGUAUCAGAUCUCGUAUGAAAAUAGACUAUCUUACAUAUCACAAUUCCUUCGAACGAAACCUCUGAGAAAAUUCAACCGGAGAGAAGACCGAGGCCUACUUUUGAACGCUACAAUUUAUUUGAUAUUUGAAUCAGUAAAAUGUCUAAGGGUCACUUGUGAAAUAGAUACGAAUUGAAUGCGAGCCUCGCCGGCGAACGAUCGUUAGCGUGAAUGAUUCGCGAGUUAUGAUAAUUAAUUAUCCCCGAUGAUUCCCGGGCGUUCGUUUACAAGCGCCUUGUAAAUACGUAUGGAAGCAGGCUAAUUCCUUUCUUCGGCGCGUCUUACAUUUAAACGCUCAUCCGCAGACGCGUAACGCUGUCAUAUUAAUUUAAAGCUAACCAUUUUAUGUAUCAAUAUUGUUGAACGAGGAACAGUAGCAGGGAAAUGUAAAACGUAUCAAAUGUAAAGGAUUUCAAACACGGUUCUAUCCGUACCCUCCUUUUCUUUUUAAUGAUUAAGGGUAUCGUGCCAUGUCACCUUGCGUCCUUUUCCCCUUUUACGCCCGAAGAAAUGUAGCUUGGAUCAUUUCUCCGUGCAUAAAGGAUAAAACACAGCGGUGCACCCCGAUCAUAGGAAUGUGCAGCGUCCAGAAAUUUUUAUCGAGCCUGACUAAAAAAAGAGACAACCCCGUUUUACUUAUUUAUUGCAUCGUACCGCGUACCGGUAACAGUAAUAUUUCUUUCGUUCGUUACGUAUGGUUUCCAAGUACAAAUCGAAAUCGUAUUCUUCUCGCUCGACUGAUCCGUACAGAUUGCGGAAGUUUAUGCACUUCAAUGAAACAAUCAGAAGGUGAUACUACGAGGAAAUCAAUUUCUUUAGUGAAACUGAUUCGCAUAAACGUUCGCAGUCGAUCCGUUGCGUAACUUCUAUUUAAAAAUUAGUAGCCGUAGCGUUUUCUAUCGAGCUAGAACCGAAUGUGAGGAAGAGAACAAUCGAGAGUUUUUCUACACGGGAAAGUAUUUUCAUUCAGAAUUUUACACGCGAUAGGCAAAUUUUUAUCGUCGUUUCUUUGGUAUACGAAUAUACAUGCUCGUAAAGAUGAAUUGAGAAAAUGAUUAAUUCGCGGAGAGGAUCGAAUAAGACAAGAGGUGAAAACGUUACACAAUCCUACGAGUGGGGCUGAGAGUGCGUGUGUGCGAGGAACUUGGUUGUAUUAUGUAUAAAUGUUUAUAACUAGUUGAUAGAGAUGUGAAAAUACUUGUCACGCCGUAAAAAACGACUGCGUAUUCUCACCGAGACGUGAAGAGAUCCAGAAACUCUUUGGAGAAAGAGAAAAAGAAAAACGCGUAAAUCCUGGACCACGUCAGAUGGUCCUAGGCUGUGUAAAUAACUAUCCCCAUUGCGUUAGAAGUUAUUAAGGUACGAUAUAGUUUGUACGUUGAAGUAUAUAUAUUAUAUAUAUAUAUAUAUAAAUAUUACCACAGAGUAAUAAUAUAAACGGUCACUCCUUACCAAGCCGUAGCAUUUUGCCUGUAUCAAGAAUAUUAAUAUUUCGUGUGUAUCCGAACCCUGUACCACGGUUUUUCUCGUUCCUCCUCGUCUCCACGAAAUCGAGACGAGCCAGGGACGAUCGAAUGAAACGUGAGAAUUGGAAAUCACGCGAACGAUAGAAAAACACGUCGUAGCAAUUUCUAUACAUACAUAGUCCGGUAGUGGACUUCUCCCUUGUGUUUAAAUAAAAAGAGGAAGCAGCGUAACUACGCGAUCACGCGCUGCGACGUAAAUUACUUACCCGAUUCUUGAAAACCAAGCGCCUCUUUGUAAUCCACUGAAUAUUCACGAGGAGCUUCGCUUCGCGAGCUACCAUCAAUAAACGUAAUGUACAUUUUUCGCAAUGGA